CGCCGCCGAUGCGGUUGCGUCGACCGCAGCCAUGGAGCCUGUCCCUGCGGUUGCGGAAACCAAAGGUACUCCAGUCAAGAAAGCGGAACAGAAGGUGCAGGUCAAAGCAUCGGCCUCGCCCAAGACCACCAAGCAGCCUGCCGCUAAACAGAAGCCAGCCGCUCCAUCCCCACCUAAGUCCCCCAAGAAAACUCCGUCUCAAGCGCCCAAGUCGUCGGUCCCCGUAAAGACCACCGCUCCAACCACACCGGCGGCCAAAGCGCGACCGACCUCCAUGGCGGCAACCAGCACUCCCCGUCCUGCUUCCGCCCGAACGCCGAAGAAAGAGGAGACAACUGCAAAGACAGCGCCCGCUCCUCGACCUAAAACUGCUCCUAGUACUCGACCUACGAAAGAUGCAGCGCACGGAGGGGCUGAUCAGGCUUCAAAGAAACCGAAUGGUGCUUCAAGCCAGAGUGCUGCUGAUAAGAAAACGCCAUCUGCAGCAACUGCUCAACGUACACCAUCAUACAAGUCCACACCCUCAAAGACAUUACCAGCUGCGUCUACAACUGCCACCUCAACUACCACCGCCACCAAGCCUGCUGCAUCCAAAGCUGCAGGUUCAGUAUCCCCCGCAUCUUCUGCUUCAGGUUCAGCCAGCUCCCCUCGCAAGGUUGAAGCAAAGUCGAAGAUUGGAUCUCUAGACAACACUACCCAUACCCCAAGUGGAGGAAAUGUGAAGAUCGUGUCAAAGAAGGUGGAUGUUUCUACUGUGCAGAGCAAAAUUGGGUCAAAGGACAACAUGGAUCACAAGCCUGGAGGAGGCGUAGUCAAAAUCGAGACCAAGAAGGUCAAGGUUGAAGGAGUGAAGUCCAAGAUUGGCUCCCUUGACAAUGCUAAGCAUACUCCAGGCGGAGGGGAUAAAAAGAUAGAGAUUAAGAAGCUGGAGUGGAAUGUGUCCUCAAGGGUUGGCUCGCUAGACAAUGCCCACCAUGUACCCGGCGGAGGGGACAAAAAGAUCGAGAACAAGAAGCUAGACUGGAAAGCACAGCCUAAGAUUGGAUCAAUGGACAAUGCUAAACACACGCCUGGAGGUGGUGACAAGAAAAUCGAAACCCGUAAAAUCGAUUGGAGCGUGCAGUCCAAAGUUGGCUCCCUUGAAAAUGCCGGCCAUUCGCCAGGUGGUGGAGAUAAAAAGAUUGAGACCCGUAAGACAGAGUGGAAAGCCCAAGCCAGAAUCGGCUCCCUCAACAAUGCGCCUCAGAGCCCCAGGGGAGAAAACAAAAAGGGUGACAAAUCGGCAUCAGAGGAUGGGUCCGUCAACAGCGCCUCACACACACCUGGCGACGAAGCCAAAGAGAUUGAGCUGGGUACCCCAGACUCGGGCAAAGCUGCGGCUUAACGCUCCGGUCACGUGACGCACACGUCUGCUGUGAUGUCGGAUGGGACCAUGGUGCGGCGUUCAGGAACAGGCAACUCCUCCACAAGGGACCUCAACGCCGAGAAAGAGCGAUACUCUCCCUUUAAUAACUCGAUAGUCUCCAGCAGCAAGCAGGUCGAUGGAUAAACGAUCAAACGCGCACUGUGUGUGUGCGUGCGUGCGCGCGCGUGAGCGAGUGUGUGUAUGUGCGCGCGUGCAUGCGUGGGAGUGCCGAAAUUUCAACAGUCGUUAGUCCUUAGUAGUGUUCCCCCCUCCUGCCAUAUUCAUUACCUGAACCGAAUUUACAAGUGUCAAGCUCACGAUAUGGAUGCCUUUUGCCGUGAAGUUGGAGACUGAAUUUCUUGAGUUUUGCUGCCUCUGCUACUCGUCUCAAAGACUUUUUUUCAGAAUUCCGUACAGAGACUACAGCAAACAUCAUCACUUAUUUGGAAUUGUAGGUAGACACUCAACUUCGAGUUCUGCUUGUAUGUCUGUGUUUUUGUGUGUGCGCGUGUGGCUUCGGUGUGACUGCUUCUGGCGAUUUUCCGAUCAGCGAAAAGAGCUGGACGCUUGAUGUCCUUCACCUGCUUGUCUUGUUUUUUUGUUGUUGUUUUUUUAAAAUUUUUAAUAGAUCCUUGUGAGGGCGGCCACGUCUGAGUAAGUGUUGACCAGGGUCCACAAAUCAAACGAAAUGUCCAGUACAGCUGUGUGAAAGACUUUUCUAAAGCUCGGAAUGAAGUUUAAACCUUUACAAUAUUUCAGUUUAGUUUAUUUACGAAUGACCUAAAUAUGUACUGCAUAGCUCAGGCGCUGCUUCAAAGCUGGAAGAACAGUCUGCGUCAUGCUGACAAAAUCUCUAUUUUUUUUUUUUUUUUGUAGCUAGUAGGUUUUACGUCCUUUGUAUUUUUUUCUCUGGUGAAAGAAUGAAUUUUUGUGAUUGUGACCGGCCUUAACCUUUUCAACGCGUAUGUAUUGGUGUCUCUGUGUCAACAUUGUAAUCAUUAAAAUCACACGCCCUAAAACACCCGAAUGACUUCAUGGUAUGUAGAAUAAGCAAUGGCACAGCAGCAGGUCAGUUUUUUAACAAUCGAGUCAUGUAGCACAGUUUUAGCAGGAGUGCAGGUAGGUCUUGAGAACGCAGCAAGUGAUGUGAUCUUUCGAUAAGCGCAGUGGAGGCUUGUCCUUGCUGCUCGUUCUCGUCAGAAUCGCCGCCGCAUCGUGAACUCAGGGAUGCAGCAAAUUGGCUCCGUAGAAACUCAGCAGGUUGCCCAGAUAACAUUUAAACAUUUUAUGAACGUUCAAAAAUCGUAGAGAACCCUUUGUAAAUGUUUAUAAAAUGUCUAAGUGCUAUUAGGGUGACGCACAUGAUAACGCAUUAGCUCAGCGUGACCUUUGACAGACGAUUGCAGAUCCUGUUUUCUUCCUCGCAGAUCCUUACAGUAUCGCUCAUAAUUUGAUGCACGUGCACACACAUCAACGACAGACGAGGGAACUUGACUCGCGCAUGGUUCAAGAGAAGAUUUUUCUAUUUUUUUCUUUCUUUAGUACCGCUGUCUGAUGUCCCAGCAUUCCUGUGAAAUAGCAGUGUUGCUAUGAAUGACUAAAGUACUCAGGGGUGGCAACGGUGGUGAUGGGGUAAACUGCUCACUAGGCACCUUGUAAACAGCAACAAAGCUAUGAUUUAACUGCUAGGGACCUUAUGAACAACAAUGCUGGUGGUUAAUUGCUUGCUAAGGACCGUUAAUGUGGUGAUGUUGCCCCUUGUACGCUUCCACACAUUCAUGUCUUUUUGUGACGCUGCUAAGAUUUGAUGAAGAAACCUCAUUUUCCCCUCGCAGAAAAAAGAUACUUUGAGGCUAAUGGUUAGUCACUAGCCGUUUGGGAGGGAAAGACGGUGGGGACGAAUCACUUGAUUAAACUGGGGAUACAUUCUAGUAGUGCCGCAAACCCACUAGAGGGAGAUAAUUUAUAUUUUUCUUCGUGUGUCCCUAUUUGGGCGCAUAUUAAGACAUGGGGAGGGGUUUAUCCUGACGGCAUUUGGGUAGUUGCAACAAUAUCCUGUUGAGGGUAAAUAAAUUGUUAUGGAUGAAAUCUAAUCCUUAAUCCGCUCAGUGUUAUAGUAUCCUGUUGUCAUCGUUAUGAUUGUCGUUUUAAUUCCCUCAACCCACCUCCACCGACAGGGAGCGCGUCUUACCAUCAUCUUCGCUUGCUGGGCUGAUGCAGAUGCUCUAAUAAAAUGGUCUUAAAAUUUAUCUAGCAAAUUGUUUACCGUCGGUUAUCUCCCCUUUGUUUCUUUUAACAAUGCUUGGAUUGUUAUUUUUCUACCGUCAUGUUAACUGUUGUUCUUUGAAAGACACGACCACUUAUUCACGUGCAAGGGUUUUUGUAUUGCUAAAUAAAUCGAUUUUUUUUUUUUUUUUUUUUUUUUUUUUGCCUCUUGCAAAAUCAUCUUGAACAGCAUCUGGCUUUGUAAAUUUUGAAACCGAAAGAGCGUGUUCAGUGAUAACUUUUCGUUGUUAACAGUGGAAGCAGUCCGUAUGAGUUGUCAACUGAAUGUAUGUGCCAGGAAGCUGGGCUUUCUUCCCUCCUUCUCUCCCCAGACAUCUUUCUCAUGCAGCUUGGUUUGGUAGGAAGAACAGUCUCUAGCAGGAGUUGUUUGGUCGUGUUCGGCACUUGCAUAACUUUUAAUUAAUAACGGUGAUAUCAUCAGAAAGAGUAACCAAUGGGAGCCAAGCAUCUACGGGGGAUAAAACCUCGAACCAAAAAACAGCUUUAACCUUCACGAAGAACUGAGAGAUGACAGCUGAUGACAGAAUCCAUGGCAGUAACUUGCUUGUGGGAUGAAGAGAGUGCAUGUCUCUGUAUACUACGUGUUGGCAGGAAUCACAUGACCUGCUCGAGUGUUCCAGCCGAUACAAUUGUUUUUAAGACUUUGUGGGAUUUCAUCACGGGGUGGCUGGAAGAGAAGCAAGCUAUUUUUAAGAUUCUUAAAUUACACGACCGCCUUUUGUGAGCUAUCUAUCCUCAUAUGCAAAUUUUGUGUAUGGACAUUUGAAUGUAAAGCGUUUCAGUUUCUGUUCUGUACACAUUUCGCUGGAGAUGUCAAAAUUCAGGAACUUAUUCCAAAAACUGUUUGAUAAACCGUUGCUGUGUCAGAUGGACCACGUGGAUAUUUUUCUGGCAAAAUUUGGAUUGAUGAUACUUUAUUUCAAGUCAGGUAAUGUAAUGCUGGAGUGCUUACCAUGAAGCUUAUGUUUGUUUCAGUUGUUUAUAUGUGUUGUAAAAAUGACGUGCUGGUUGGCUAGUAUAACAAGAAGCUUUUUUCUGGUUGACUAGAUUUUAAAGUAGGUACCUGUAGUAGAAUUGUUAUCAAAGGCCUUGUUUAUUAUUAGUCCCCAUUACUCUGCUGGAAGAACCUAUUCUAAUCCAAAAGUAUUAUUUUUGGAUUAAAAAUAAUAAACUAUUCGCUUUCCACUGGUCUCCUUCAGUACCUUUUGUUCAUAUAGGAGGUGCUGACGACUUCACAUUUUUUCAGCCUUAUUAUCAUCUUUGUAUGUGUGCGCUGUGCGCAAGUCUUGUGGCGGUGCAAUGUAUGUGCUAAUCGCUUGCCGAGAUUCUCUCCCUUUUGAUAAAUGUGGCGAGAUAAAGGGUUCGUAGAUGCACUUAAUUUCUCUUUAUCUCUGCUCUCUUUCUCUUUCGCAUUAUAUUGCAUUGCUUGAUGCUGUUUCGGCUUAAAGUCGGUCUCGAUUCAAUAAAAAUUGAAAAAAAAAAUUACAAAUAAAA